ACGCUUCCACACGCCACGUGCCACCUACAAGUGUUACAACUUCGCCACGUGUCCCACAUCCCCUCAUGCCCACCUUUCAUUCUGCAAUCUCGACUAUAUAAAUCAUCACUUCCACCACACCGUACACACAACACAAUCCCCAUCGCAUUAGGCCUCCCAUGUUUUCUCGGUUUCUUUGUGUUUCAAGAGUCUUGGCAAUCAGCACAAAUCCCAUCAGCACAAGCUACAGCUCUCCAGCAGUCCGUUCGAAUCUCCCGGGUUUUAGUUCAGGUUCUGAGGGGAGGAGAGAGGUGUCUCGGAGAGGAAUGGCGUCACAGGGCAGUCAGUUUCCUCCGCAGAAGCAGGAUGCUCAGCCGGGGAAAGAGCAUGUCAUGGACCCCACCCCUCAGGCCACUAGUCAUGAUUACAAGCCCGCUAACAAACUCCAAGGCAAGGUGGCACUGGUGACCGGUGGGGAUUCAGGAAUCGGAAGAGCAGUAUGCCAUUGUUUUGCAUUAGAAGGGGCCACUAUAGCCUUCACUUAUGUGAAGGGUCAAGAGGACAAGGAUGCUAAGGACACCCUGGAGAUGAUAAAGAAGGCCAAGAGCUCUGAUGCUAAAGAUCCGAUCGCGGUGGCGACCGACUUGGGAUUUGAUGAGAAUUGCAAGAAAGUGGUCGAUGAGGUUGUGAGAGCAUUUGGCAGAAUCGAUAUUUUGAUCAACAAUGCAGCAGAGCAGUACAAGGCCUCCACAGUCGAGGAGAUUGAUGAGGAGAGGCUUUUGAGGGUGUUUAGGACUAACAUAUUUUCCUACUUCUUUCUCACCAGGCAUGCCUUGAAGCAUAUGAAGGAAGGGAGCUGCAUAAUCAACACAACCUCAGUGAAUGCAUACAAGGGCAAUGCAAAGCUGCUGGACUACACCUCAACCAAAGGCGCCAUCGUGGCGUUCACCAGAGGCCUUGCCCUGCAGCUGGCCGAGAAAGGCAUUCGUGUCAAUGGCGUAGCCCCGGGUCCAAUCUGGACGCCACUGAUCCCGGCCUCAUUCGAUGAGGAAGAAAGUGCAAAGUUUGGUAGCCAGACGCCCAUGAAAAGGGCUGGUCAGCCAAUUGAAGUUGCCACAGCCUAUGUUUUCCUUGCUUCUAAUGCUGAUUCCUCGUAUUACACCGGACAAGUUCUUCAUCCAAAUGGUGGGACUAUUGUUAAUGCUUAAUGUGUCAAAAACUCAAAAUGCUGUGCUUGAUGGGGAGAUCUGGGAUAUGCUGCAGCUACUGAUGAGCUAGUAGUUCUCUGGUGGUUGUUAUGAGUCUGGCUUGUUUGAUAUGUAUGAGAGUUGUGUAGUUCUGUGAAGUCUCUUGUAUGUGUAAUAACCAUA